AUAUUAUGUAUAUACCAGAUUACAGUGCGAGUGAUUGAAUAGAGAAGAAUUUACAAAAGGAAGUAACUAUUAUUUUCGAUAAUUUUGGCAUCAAAUAUAUGUAUUAAUCUUUAUAGUAUAGAAUUCAUAAAAUAGUUUUUCUAAUAUUCACAAUGAAUAGAGAUUUCAUAUUUGCUUAUUUUUUUUGUUAUUACUUUGAUUUAUGCUUUUUGAUUUUUUUAGUUUACUUCUUUACGAAGAAGGCAACAGAUCUUAAUGUUUAUAAUAAAAGCAAAUCAAAAUUAGUAAGAGGAUGCACAUAUGGAUUAUUUAGUUUAUUUUCUGCAUUUUUAUUCAUCAAUUUAACAGUCUAUUACAUAUGGAAUUCAAAAUGCAGAAGUAUAUAAAAUAUUAUAGGACUUAGUCAUUCCGAUUUUUGUGAUUAAAUUAGUGGAAUUAUUAGCAAGUAUUAUAUUUAUCACAGGAGCAUAUUUUCUUAAUAAGAAAAUGAAUGCUUUAAUAAUUGAAUAAAUAAUGUUCACAAAUAGAAUGACAGGAUAAGAGAAGACUCAAUAUAUAAAGACUAGAAAUAUAAAAUUGAAAUUUUGGUAUAUAAUAUAUAUUAAUUAAAUAAGGACUUUAGUUUGUGUAACUGCAUUUGGAUAAGUAAUUUAAUUGUUUUCUGAUUUAAUCUAUUUUAUAAUAGAUGUAGAAAAUAAUUAAGAUAAAUGUGAGUUCCUUUCAAAUGUAAGUUAUUUUGACUAUUAUAUAGAAUUAAUUACAAAAUCCUUUGAUUGAUUUAUUUAUUUGUCUCUUUGGAUAUUUUUUGCCUUUGUUCUGUGCAGUGUAUUUGUUUUGGUAUAAAAAGAAGAAAAUAUAAUAUGUGGUAAGAAUCUCAUCCCCCUUAAAUAGAGGAAUCCUUAGAGGUGGAAAGCUUACCAGAACGUUACUAUCACAAAUUGUUAAACAAGUCGAAUAGCUCAUUCUCGUCUACAUAAAAAAAUUGA